CUUCUGGGCUUUGGGCGCGAGCAGUUGAAAGAUAGCUGGUAUCGGUUCGGCUGCUAAGGUCCGGUUCCGCGGGCCCAGCCCUUCUCCAUGGCAGACCCCGAGGAGGUGCAGGUUUCUUCGCCGUCCCCGCCGCCUCCCUUCUCUCCUUCGUCUUCAGACGCCUCUUCAGCAUCUUCCCCCGGCGUCCCAGUGAGUUUGGGCUGGCCGGUUCCGAGCAGGAGCAGCAGCCGAACGGUGGACCCGCUGGAGGAGGUGGAGCUGCAGAUCGGAGACGCAGCAUUUUCAUUAACCAAACUUCUUGAAGCCACAUCUGCAGUAUCAGCUCAAGUGGAAGAACUUGCCUUCAAAUGUACAGAAAAUGCACGUUUCCUCAAAACAUGGAGGGACCUUUUGAAAGAAGGCUAUGAUUCUUUGAAGCCUGACAACUGAUUUGGCUGUGUCAUAAUUCACGCUUCCUCAUUUAUGAUAUUUGCACAUGUACCAUAUGUAUAGGACAAGCUCCAGCAGUUCUGUAUACUCAGAAUGAAAUUUUUCUUGGUUUUCUUCACUUUUGGGAAAGCAGAAUACUGAUGUUAUUUUUGAUGCUGGCCAGUAUUUGUUUAUCUUUAAAUACUUUCUGUCCUCUAAACUUUUAAUAGAAUCCUUUAUGAAAGUUAAUUUCAUCAGUAGAUAAUAUUAAUAAGGCCACAGUGUUAGCAGUAGCAAACUAGGUGGACCAUUAUUCUAUUUGCUUUGCCAGAAGAUGCCAAGAAUGGCAGAGUUUGAAGUUGAGCUUCGUUUUAUGGACCAAGGGAGGUAACUUCUAGGUUACCAAUGUUAGAUCCAGCUCCACUAGGCUAAGUUCCCUAGAACCAACGAUUGUGUCUUCUUUCUUUUUCUAUCCCCACCACCUAGAACAGUGUCACACAGCAAUCACCAAGUAUUUGUUGAAUAAAAGAGUUAACAACAUAAUUAAAGGCUAUUUUUUUCUUCCUGUCUUUACUAUGAAGAUUAUAAUUGUUUCUGUAAAAAAUAUUUGAAUUAGAACCUCAUUGACUUGAAGGGAAACGUUCUCUUUUUUUUUACGGGGAUUUGAACUUCGAUGAUAGCUUUUUAAAAUAUAAUAAAUAUUUUUUGCCCUUCUAUGAUGCUUUUUAGAAAAGCUUUUACUUCAGAUAAUGAAAGCCUGUCUGGAAAGAAUGCAUAUGGUUAACUGCUUUUACAGAUAGUAUUUCUUGCAUUCGAUGUUGUUAUAUAUUUGAUUGCUCUCUUUAAAGUGCCUUAUCAAAAUUAUGGCUCUGUACUAUUACUUUUGGAGCUUUGCAAGUAGUAAUUCUAAAUCUAAAUCUAAAGAAGUUACUUUGUUUUUAAUGCAUCAAAUUUAAAUGAUGCGAUUGUUUUCAUAUUAUUUGACCUUAAUGAGAAUGUUGUAUUUCACUUGUCCUAUAUCUUAGGUUGCUCGCUCGCUCUUUUUUUUUUUAUUUGGUGGUGUGUGUCAUGUGUGUCAACAGUUAAGCCAACUAAUUCUCUGCUAUAUAACUUCUGGACAUCUUUCAUAUGGCAUCUUAAUUCUUUGUAGAUAUGGAGAUGUGUACAGAACUGUAUUCUAAAGCCCUACAAUGGGGCUGUGAAAGGGGACAAAUGAAUGGGCAAAGAAUACUUUUGUUUAGUAUAUUAGGUCAUAGUUCUUGAUUAAUUUUUUUAAGUUAAAGAUAACACAUAUAGUAUGUUCCUAUACCAAAGAGUUGUGUAUUUUGAUAUAGAAAAAUAUUUUUACGUCAUGAAAAUAGCAGUUUUUAAAAUGUACAAAAAUAAAUUCUUGUUAAAAGCAAAUUUUA